UCUAGAGAGGGGGAGAUGGGUUGUCGCAGAUCGUUCGUGGAGGUGCAUCGGGAUUCGCACUUCCCGCCGGAGACUCCCUUCGGCGUCUUCCGCCCCAAGGGCGGCGCGGAGGCGGCGGCGAUGGCGGCGGCGGCGAGGCCGGGGGUGGCGAUCGGGGAGUUCGUGCUCGACUCUCCGCGUGCCGCGGCGGGGCUCUUCGACGGCCCCGAGCUCAAGGGCUCCGAUUGCUUCUUCCAGCCAUCUCUCAACAUGUUUCUUGAAAUGGGGCGACCGGCUUGGAAGGAGGCGCGAUCCACUCUCCAGAAAAUUCUGUCAGCCGAUGAGCCAGUAUUACGUGAUAAUGCUACUUUAAGGGAAAAGUGCCUUCUGCCAAUGAGUGAGGUAGAGAUGCUUUUGCCUAUUGUAAUAGGGGACUACACAGAUUUUUUUUCAUCUAUGUACCAUGCAAAGAAUUGCGGGACAAUUUUCCGAGGACCAGAAAAUGCAAUCGCACCAAACUGGUUUCAUCUUCCAAUAGCUUAUCAUGGACGGGCAUCAUCUAUAGUAAUCUCUGGAACAGAUAUUGUUCGUCCAAGAGGCCAAGGUCAUCCAUCAGGAAAUUCUCUACCGUAUUUUGGGCCCUCUCAGAAGCUGGAUUUUGAGCUCGAAAUGGCGGCUAUUGUUGGGCCAGGAAAUGAGUUGGGCAAACCAAUAGCUGUCGACAAUGCAGCAGAUCACAUAUUUGGACUGGUACUAAUGAAUGAUUGGAGUGCGCGAGAUAUACAAGCAUGGGAAUAUGUGCCUCUUGGGCCUUUCCUUGGAAAGAGCUUUGGUACAACAAUUUCACCUUGGAUUGUGACUUUAGAUGCUUUAGAACCUUUUGCUUGCAAUGCACCAAUACAGGAUCCUCCACCUUUGCCAUAUUUAGCAGAAAAGAAGCAUAUAAACUAUGACAUUCCUUUGGAAGUUUGGAUCAAACCUAAAGGCCAUGACAAUCCGUCAGUCAUCACAAAGAGUAACUUUAAGCAUCUGUAUUGGACAGUGACACAACAACUUGCCCAUCAUACUGUUAAUGGGUGCAACUUAAGACCGGGUGAUCUGCUUGGAACCGGAACCAUCAGCGGACCUGAACCAGAAUCUUUGGGAUGCUUGCUAGAGCUGACAUGGAAUGCAAAAAAUUCGCUUACAUUAGGGAGCUCAAGCCGUAAAUAUUUAGAAGAUGGAGAUGAAGUCACCUUUACUGCUUGUUCCAAGGGCGAAGAUUACAACAUAGGAUUUGGGACUUGCACUGGGAAGGUUCUGCCGUCAUUAUCCUGAGAAAAGCCAGCAACAUAGAACCUUUGUGAGUUAGUAAUACGACUCGGCUUUGACUGUCACUUAUUGUAUCAUCAACAAGCUGGUAAUAAAAAGAAACUUUUUCUAUUAUACGAAUGUUAUGUGUUAGCUGCAGUAAAUGUGCUUCUGCAGCGCCCAUGUUCGCAUUUUUAUGAGACAGGCAACUUCAUCUAUAUUGAUAAAACACAAUUGUCCAUGACAUUUAAAUGGGCUUAUAUAUAUAUAAUCUACUUACACCACCUAGUUGGGAAUUUAUGAUUCA